AUGUGGUCUGACUUAUCCAAACACAUUGCCUCUGCAGCCACUCUGCUGAGAGGACAAGGAGACAACAGGAACACUACAGAUGUGACCAAGCCGAUCCUCUCCUACAGACCCAUCCCGAGGGCCGAGGAAACGGACUCCAGCGGCCCCGAGCCUCCCGUCCCUCACCGUCCUUCCCGCCCCUCACCGUCUCUGCCGCCGCCAACGCCGCAAAGACGAGUCAGCGCCACCGAGGCGGAAGUGACGCACACGAACCGCGCCUCAGGAAAGCCCUAUGCCCCCUGGGAAAUGGAGUCCUGUGGGCACGCAGGGGUUCUGCGCCUGCGCAGAGCGCGCUUCCUGCGCUGCCCAUUGCCCACGGUGGCGGAAAUUUUGCUCCUCACACACGUGGAGCAGCAGCUGGGUCUCUUUGUUGUGUUCAGUGCUGCCCUGGACAUGGAGCUGUCGGAUGAUUCCUUCCCCCCAGAAUAUUUUGGCAUCGUCUCUGGCAUGCUCAACGUCAAGUGGGACAGGAUUGCUCCAGCCAGCAAUGUGUCCCACACCGUGGUUCUGCGGCCUCUCAAGGCUGGGUACUUCAACUUCACCUCUGCCACCAUCACGUACCUGGCACAGGAGGGUGCCCAGGUGGUGGUUGGCUUCACCAGUGCUCCUGGGCAGGGAGGAAUCCUGGCUCAGCGUGACUUCGACAGGAGGUUCUCCCCUCACUUUCUGAAUUGGGCGGCAUUUGGAGUGAUGACCCUGCCCUCCAUCGGAAUCCCUCUGCUGCUCUGGUACUCGAGCAAGAGGAAGUAUGACACCCCCAAGAGCAAAAAGAACUGAGCAGAGCCCAAUGCCAGCAGCAGCAGCCCAGAGCUCGGGACAGGACACCCCCAAAGCCCCAAGAACAGCAGCUGGGUUGGGAUCCAUCUCCUGCCAGGUGCUGCCUGCGUGGUGCUUCAGCCCUCUGGGCAAAGGAUUCAGUGGCUGCAGCAGCAGCUGUGAGGUGUCCUCUGUGUUUGAAUGGAGAAACAAGCAAACA